AUGUCUCUGGCAUCGCAAGACAGUGCGAAUGCCCGGUCGCCUUUUCCGCAGACAAACCAGACCCCGCGGCAUGUCUUCCAGGCGCAGUCCAUUCCCAAUCUUCCCACCCCUCAGCCAUCACAGCAGCAGCAGCAGCAACAACAGCGAGCGGCCUUCCCUCGACCAACGCAGGGAGGCAUACGACCACCCGUCCAGCUACAACACAAGUCCCCGUACGCUACACCCUUCACGCCGAACAAUGCUCAAGUCCAGCCAGUGCCACUGCCGCCUCGUCAGGGUGGCAUCCAGAAUGGAAGCGGUGGGGUGGGAGUUUCGGCGGAGCAGCAAAUCGCUCAAGGUGUUUUGAGUAACCCGUCCUCGGGGUCUGGCUCAAACACACCCCAAAGAAGGCCACCGCCACUAGGCACGACAAUCCAUAUGCCACCGCUGGGCACCCCACAGUCCCAAUCGAUGAGCAUUCAGAAUCCAUCCAUGAGCGUUAAUCAUGCCAUGAAUCCGACCCCCAUGAGCCAAACCCAACAAAGACAAUCUCAAAAUGCAUCCCCAUCACUACAAAGCCUCAGUGCCCAGAGACCAACCAUGAAUGCAUCGCCGGUGGGAUCAGCCAUAGGAUCACGCCCUCAGGAUGUCUCCCCAAACGACACUCAGGAUUUGUCGAUGAUUGAUCCUCAACUUGCUAUCGAUCAACAGCUCACUAGUGUCAAUAACUCCAUGCUCACAGCACCAGGACCAUCGAGUCCUCCUGCCUCUGGCCCAGUUGCCCCGGAAGACAUGCUCACUCCUCCUCCAGGAGGAAGCUACCCUACCUUCGAAGCCUUAUUCGCAGCAGCCCAAGCCCACGCUCUCUCCCACGGUUACGCUUUCGUCAUCGGUAGAUCCAAACGAGACAACAGAGGCCUGAAGAAAGUCUUCCUAAUCUGCGAUCGUGGGGGCACAAAUAAAGAAAAGGUUGCUGGCGAACAGCGGCAACGCAAAACCAAGUCCCGAAAAUGCGGCUGCGAGUUUGGAGUCUUUGGACUCGAAACAAAAACCGCCUGGAUUCUACGAGGCCGCCACGAUGGUGAACAUCUACAGCACAACCAUCCCCCAAGUGAAAGUCCCACUGAGCAUCCAGGGGCAAGGAAAUUAGACCCCAAAGCCAUAGCAGCCGUCAAAGCCCUCGAAGAAAACGGUGUCUCCGUAAAAGAAACCCUCGAAAUCCUUCACCGCGAAAACCCUACGGUGCGGUAUCUCCCGAGGGAUAUAUAUAACGCUCGUGCAGCCAUAAAACGUGACCCAUCACGCGUCGAAGCCUCAGCCAUGGAAGAACUACCCACAUUCUACAAGAAACCCCCCAUGACGUUUGAGGAGAAAUUGCGGGCGGAGUUGCGGACAGAGGUGGCGAAUGCGCAGGCGGAGACGGAGAAAGUGAGAGAACAGUGGAAUAAGGAGGUUGAGGACCUGAAGGAGCAGUUGAGGAUGAAGGAUAAGAUGAUCAAGAAGUUUGAGAUGUUCAUUGAUAUUUGUAAUGAGAGGGUUAUGAUGCAAAGGGAGAAGUUGAGCCAGGGAGAGGGAGAAGGAGGCGCGAGUAGUGCUGCUACUUGA